AUGGCCUUGAGUGGAAACUGCAGGACUUACCUCCCUCCCAGAGAGCAAUCAACAGCUGCACAAUCCUACCCAGAGGUGAUAGAGCUGAAUGUGGGCGGCCAGGUUUAUUUCACUCGCCUCUCAACUUUAACAGGCAUUCCCCAAACCCUGCUUUGGAAAAUGUUCACCUCCAAGAGAGAGUCGGCCAACGAUCUUGCAAAAGAUUCCAAGGGAAGGAUAUUCAUCGACAGAGAUGGCUUCCUGUUCCGCUACAUUUUGGACUAUCUCAGGGACAAGCAAGUGGUUCUGCCUGACCAUUUUCCAGAGAGAGGGAGGCUCAAAAGGGAAGCCGAGUACUUUCAGCUGCCAGACUUGGUCAAACUUCUGAGUCCGGAUGAGAUCAAGCAAAGCCCCGAUGAUUAUUGCCAUAGUGAUUACGAGGAGGUUUCCCAAAGCAGUGACACGAGAAUAUGUGCCCCGUCGUCACUCAUGCCCUCGGAUCGAAAGUGGGGCUUCAUUACCAUUGGCUACCGAGGGUCGUGCACCAUGGGUCGGGAGACCCAAGCAGAUGCCAAGUUCAGGAGAGUCCCGCGGAUUUUGGUUUGCGGCAGGAUUGCUCUAGUCAAAGAAGUUUUUGGAGAAAGUUUGAAUGAGAGCAGGGACCCAGACCGGGCUCCCGACAGAUACACCUCCAGGUUCUACCUGAAGUUCAGGCACCUGGAAAGGGCUUUUGAUAUGUUGUCAGAAUGUGGAUUCCACAUGGUGGCCUGCAAUUCUUCAGUCACCGCUUCUUUUGUCAAUCAAUACACUGAUGACAAAGUUUGGUCCAGCUACACAGAAUACGUCUUUUAUCGAGAGCCUUCAAGAUGGUCUUCAUCACACUGCGACUGCUGCUGUAAAAAUGGCAAAGGCGACAAAGAAGGAGAAAGUGGAACCUCCUGCAAUGAACUGUCCACCUCAAGCUGCGACAGCCAGUCAGAAGCCAGCUCCCCUCAAGAGACUGUCAUCUGUGGCCCUGUCACCCGCCAGUCCAAUAUACAGACUCUGGAUAGGCCAGUCAAGAAAGGCCCGGUGCAGCUACUUCAGCAGUCUGAAAUCCGGAGGAAAAGCGACCUGCUCCGAACUCUAACUUCCGGCUCUAGGGAAUCCAACUCUAGUAAAAAAAAAUCGGCGAAAGAAAAGCUCUCGAUUGAGGAAGAGUUAGAAAAAUGCAUCCAGGAUUUCCUCAAGAUCAAAAUCCCAGACAGGUUUCCAGAAAGGAAGCACCCUUGGCAAUCUGAACUGCUACGAAAGUAUCGUCUAUAG